AUGUAUGGCCAAUCUCUGAAGCGCCAACGCGAGGAUGAGCUCGAUUCCGAUUGUCUCGCCCACGACUCCAAGGUCCAAAAGAUUUACGCGUCCCGACACGCGGGCCCAGUGACCUUCUCCGUGUCAACCACGGAUCUCGACCAGUCGCUGCGGGUUCGCGCACCUACGUUAACGCCAGUCGAUUCAGAGGAUGAGGAUGGAGACUCGGGGAAUGGAACAGCUCCAGGUGCCUUUACAGGUGGUCUGGGGAAAAUGGGGCAUGGCCAUCGACUCCCAAUGCUGCAGCUAGACAUCAACAACCGCCCUACGAAACAGCAGCAGAUGGCACCUUCUCCCAUCCCACAUGCUUUGCUCAAUCACUCUUUGACCAUCAAUGGAAUACCCACGACCACUUCAAGCCAUGGCUACUUCCCAGCGGUCUCAAUGCCCGUCCCCAACCAAUCGCAGUCGGUUCCAAAUGUGAUGGAUGAAGAUAUGCUAGUCCACCAAGAUGGACCACCAGCUGUCCGACUGCCCAGCCCUGUCAGUGAUAAUGGCGAUGCCAUCAUGGGUGACGAGGAUACGGAAAUGGGCAACUACCCUUCCCACUUGCGAUCUCAUGUGCCAAAUGCCAGGCCUUCCAGUGCACUAGUGGGGGCAUCCCAGCAUCCGGUUCAAGCUCCUUCUAUGGAACAUGCGCCCACAUGUAAUGAAGGUCAACGACGACGAUCUCCUCUUGUUAUGGGGUAUCGCGCGGACUGUGACAAGUGUCGGUGCAAAGUCCCUGGGCAUUAUAGCCAUAUCCGGCGGCCUUGA